AUGUUGAUUGCUGAUCCUUCAGAGGAAGCCCAUAGGCCAGCGCUGCCGCAUAUCGGCCCGCCUCACCCGGGCGCACGCUUCCGAUUGGGCAGCUUGUCACUCUACGCGGCCGAGAGCAGGAGGCGGGCCCGGCUCUCCGCUACCGCGCAAUACUGGUCUCCCAUUGGCGCAUCCUGCUGUCGCUCCGCGCCGCGGGGGGCGCGGAUUGGCGGCCGCCUCACAGGGUGUCCCGCCCCGCGGGGCCGUGCGGCGCAGGCGCGCCGGGGGCGGUGGCUGCGGCGGUGGCGGCUGAGCGGGGCCGGAGCGGGGCCGGGCGGCCCAUGGGGCCGGGCCGCGCUGCCGAUGGAGCCGCCGCGCAGCUGUGGCGAUGGCGCGGAGGACGAGAAGAAGCCGCGGCGGCGGGGCGGCGGUGUGGACGCCGGGCCCUCCCAGCUGCGGCGGCGGAGCAGCGGCGGUGCGGCGGGCGCGGACAGCGCGGCGGGCCCGCAGCCCCGUGAACGCGGCGGGUCCGUGAGCCGGCAGCGGCGGGACUCGGUCCGCAAGAACCGCCCGCUCUUUCCCUGGUUUGGCUUGGACAUCGGAGGGACCUUGGUCAAACUGGUUUAUUUUGAACCCAAAGACAUCACGGCCGAAGAGGAAGAGGAAGAAGUGGAAAACCUCAAAAGCAUCCGCAAAUACCUGACAUCAAACGUAGCCUAUGGCUCCACAGGCAUUCGGGAUGUGCACCUUGAGCUCAAGGACCUUACCCUGUGUGGACGUAAAGGCAAUCUGCACUUUAUACGCUUUCCUACUCAUGACAUGCCUGCUUUUAUCCAAAUGGGAAGCGAAAAGCACUUCUCAAGCCUCCAUACUACCUUAUGUGCCACGGGAGGUGGAGCGUACAAAUUUGAGCAGGACUUUCGCACAAUGGGUGACCUUGAGCUUUGUAAGCUUGAUGAGCUGGAUUGCCUUGUUAAAGGAGUGCUGUACAUCGAUUCUGUGGGCUUCAAUGGACACUCCGAGUGUUACUAUUUUGAGAACCCGACGGAUGCUGAGAGGUGCCAGAAGCUCCCGUUCAACCUGGAGAAUCCCUAUCCUCUCCUCCUGGUGAACAUCGGCUCAGGGGUCAGCAUUUUGGCUGUCUAUUCCAAAGACAACUAUAAACGGGUAACAGGCACCAGCCUUGGAGGGGGAACCUUCUUUGGCCUCUGCUGCCUUCUGACGGGCUGCUCCACGUUUGAGGAGGCACUGGAGAUGGCAUCCCACGGGGACAGCACCAAGGUGGACAAACUGGUGAGGGACAUCUAUGGAGGAGACUAUGAACGCUUCGGGCUGCCAGGCUGGGCUGUGGCAUCCAGCUUUGGAAACAUGAUGAGCAAGGAGAAGAGGGAAUCUGUCAGCAAGGAGGACCUGGCCAGGGCCACUUUAAUCACCAUCACCAACAACAUCGGCUCCAUAGCGCGGAUGUGUGCCCUUAACGAGAACAUCAACCGUGUGGUGUUCGUGGGCAACUUCCUUCGGAUCAACACCAUCUCCAUGAGGCUCCUGGCCUAUGCCCUGGACUACUGGUCAAAGGGACAAUUAAAAGCACUUUUCUUGGAACAUGAGGGUUACUUUGGCUCUGUCGGCGCUCUCCUGGGACUCCUGGACUCAGCCUGACCCUGUGCAGGAUCUCUGUUGGACCUAUGGAUUCAGGGCACUCCCUGGGUCACUGAGCCCAUGUUUUGUGUGACAGCCCCCACUGAGCCUGUUCCACUGGGGUGGCCUGUGGGGACAGCGUGGGGAUGGGUGUCUCUAAGAGCUGAAAUCCAUCUGGGAUUACAGUGCAGGUUUGUUCCAAAGGAUGUGAUUGGAAUACACUGGCUGGAUGUGGGGGUGUAUGGGAAGGUCUGUGGGGCAUUUCAGUCACAUGGAAUUGCUUUUUACUUUUUACUCUGUGUUUAAUGAUGGUGACAAAGCAGAGCAGGGGCACUCUGCUCUUUCCAUUGGGAUCCCUUGGAGUGCCGAGUGCCCAGGUCAGUUCUGUCUUUGCAAUCAGAGGUUCUCCAUGUGCUGGAAAAUGGUCUGGGAAGGGGGAAGAGCAUCAGCACAGCCCUCGUGUGUGUAACUAACUCCAUAUGGCUCACUGGAUCCACACUGGGACACAGCUGUGCUGGCAGCCAGGCUUUAUCCCUGUCCCACAUGUCCUUAUCUCCGUCCUAGGGACGGCAGGUCCAGCACAGCACGGAUCUGUGCCUCAGGGUGAGUCCCAUUUCAGCCUCCAGCACUCCUGCACAGUCCUCAGCACCCUUGGGGAUGCUGUCAGGGGUGUCAGUCAGCCUCCAGCCUUGAGAUCUAAAUUUGAGGAUGGAAUAAGGAUAUUCAUUGUUUGUCUGGGGUUUUCUCUCUGUUAGCAAACUCCACCAAAGAGACACUUCCUUCAGUCACACUUGGAUCUCUGUAAUAUUCCAUGUUACAUUUAUUAAUGGCUACACUCCUGUCAUUUUGGGGGAGUUCUCCCCUUGCCAUGCAUGCUGUACUCGCUUUUCCCUGUGCAUGCUGCCACACAGCCUGCGAGCAGGAUACUGCUGUGGAGCCCCUGUGGAAGUUGCACCCUCGGGAUGGGGUUUGGAGUGGAUCCUGCACGCUCAAUAAACGCUCUCUAAAAGCAACGAGGUAUCUGCACCUUCCCUCGGGGUGUGAGCUGAUGGAGACACAGCUCUGGAAGUGCUCUGGCUUCCCAGCAAGCAGCUCCAUGGAGCAUAGGGAAAGCUCUUCAGAUCCUUCACAUCAGGUCAUGGUGUCAGGGUUUAUCCCAGGAUAUCAGAAUGACCCUGACCCUAACGCACCCUUCCAGUCCUGGUUUCUUCCCAGAGAAACCAAUUCCCAUCUCUCUGAUCUCCUUGUUUAGCCUGGCUGGAAGUGCUGGACAGCCCCGAGCCCUUCCCUGGCUGUUGCUGUAUCCUGAGAUCUUGUGUGGCACCUCCCUCUGACAAGGGAGGAAUCUACAGAGUCACAGGGUGUGACCCAGCUUUGUCUCUGUUUGUCUCUGGAUUUCAGCUGGUGACAACCUGUGAGGUGGGAUUCUGGGCACAGCCCAGGGAUUGGAUCACAGUAAAAUCAGGGAAAAGAACACUGGGCUCAUGUGGAAGGUGAUCUGUGCUGGCUGGGGAAGAAAAUGUUUGUUUUUCCUGCAUCAAGUUCCAGUUGUGUCCUGCUCUGUGUUCCACAAGAGGUACUGGAGAGGUGAGGGCUGGGAGCAGGAUGGUACAGCUCAGGGAAUGGUUUGGGUUGGAAGGGACCUCAAAGCCCCUCU